UUCUGCAUCCGCGCGCGUGCCAUUGUAUCCGUCAGAAUUUAUUGCAUCACGAUUCCAAGACGAGAGAGUGGCACUGAGGGGAUUGCAGGAAAUUUGGGUUGCAUUUGUUAAUUUUUGGAAAUCCACGAUCGAUACCGAAUAUUCGCGCAGAGUGUAUCGGGGUCGCAUCAGUAUGCGGGUCCCGAUUUUGUUGAUUCUUGGGCUGCUGGUUAUCUAUGCCGUCGAUGGUAACAUCAUAUCUAACGAAGCUCUAACUACAAGCCUGCAGGAUGCUUGGUUCGAUGAUGAAUUCGUUAUCGCAAUAUCUAACUUUAAGGAUAAGAGAAGAUCUUCCAGUAGCCCAUUGGAGACUCUAUUAUCUGUGAAAUAUCUGGGAAAAACAAAAUUAGUGCUCAUAAGCGAUCGACAAACAAAACGCGUUAUACUUGAGAGUCUCGAUGAUACGGGUAGACGAAGCACAUCACAUGUGAAAGUGGACAGCCUCUCAGUGAACACUCCUCCGAAGAGUCUGAUUUUACUGGUGCAUCAGGCGCAGCCUAAUCCUCGCGUGGAUGUGUACAUCGAUUGUAAUUACGAGGGUUCUAUACCGUUCAAGAUAACUUUCCGCCACAUAUCUGCGAAAAUGGACCCACUAGAAGGAUACGUGGAAGUAUUCAAAGAACGAAAAUGGCGAACAAAAGUGUAUCAGGCUGCAACCAUCACUGAUGUGCUGAGGAAAGAGCAAUGUCCUGACAACCUAUCUGAAAUGAAGCAACCUUCAGUAUUCGAAAUCGAUACGCCGAAGACACAACCUAUGGAUUCUGAGGAAGACUAUCAAAAUAAAUCUAUCGAUCGACUUGACGAAACAAGUGAUGAAAUUAAUGGAUGGGAAUCGAAUAAUAAGGGUCAAUGGUCUUCCAGUAAUUCAAAGUUUUCCUGGGAUCAUAAGAAAUCUUCCAAUAAGAAACAUCAAGAUCAUUCGAGUGAUAGCAAUCGACUUACGAAAAAAGAUUACUCAGGACAUCCAAAAGGCAAAAGCAAACCCGAUUCAUAUGACUCUUCCGAUCCGUUUUCUUCAUCUGGUGAAACGGACAAUCUUGAUUAUCCAUAUGGAUCUCGUCCUUCACAACCUCUGAUAUCUCGCCCUAAAAAACAUGCUAAAUCUGGUAAAUUCAAACAAUCAGGUUCGAAGCUCGAUAAAUCGGAUCCGUACGGUUAUGGCAAACAAUCUGGAUUAUAUGAAUCAAGAUCAUAUAAUUUUAACACAAAUCCUCCCUUAAUAUCAAACGAGUCUGUUGGGUCACCUGUUAGAUCCGAAUCUUUCAACAAUCCUAAACGACCUGGCCGAAGUCCGUAUCCCGGUAAUUUGGGUCAGAAUGCGUACCCUUAUCCAACAGACAUACCUAAUUCAGAUGAAUCAUCCGGCAAAAGAGUACCUAGGAGAGGCGACAUCGGAAUCCAAAGUCUGGAUGAGAAAGUCUGCCAGACCGAUGAUCAAAUCGUGAAAACCUUGAACGAAUUAAUCAACGCUACCAGGAAACUCGGGAGGGAGUUGGAACUAAAUAGGAUGGAAACCCAACAUCUUCGCCAUUUGAUUGAAAAUUGUUCGGCGUGUCGUACACCCCCCGUGCCAACACCGCCGCCAUCCACGUGCGAUCAUAACUCUCCGUGCUAUCCCGGCGUCGAUUGCCGUAACACACCGAGCGGACCCCAGUGCGGCCCCUGUCUACGUGGUUACUCCGGAAACGGACGGAUCUGCGUCAAAAUCAAUCCCAUCACCUGCCUCCAACGGCCAUGCUUCUUGGGAGUGCGGUGUUACGAUGAUAACGAUUAUGGCUACAGAUGCGACAGAUGUCCAAACGGAUACAUCGGCGAUGGCGAAAGAUGCGACAGGAUAAGAAACCCUUGCGACCGUCAUCCCUGUCAUCCGGAAGUUAAAUGCCAUCCUAUUUACAGUCCACCGUAUUUCAAAUGCGGCCCAUGUCCAUCGGGAUAUGUGGGUAACGGCACGGUGUGUCUCGAUGCGAAUGAAUGCGAGCUGGCACGACCCUGUCACCCCGGAGUACGGUGCAUGAAUCUCCAUCCUGGAUACAGAUGCGACCGUUGCCCGACAGGUUACACGGGGCCGAUGACGGAAGGCGUCGGUGUCGAAAUGGCCAGGACGCGAAAACAAAUCUGCCAGGACAUAAACGAGUGCGAGACCAACAACGGCGGAUGCGAUCCCUAUUCGGAGUGUAUUAACACGGAGGGAUCCUUCAGAUGCGGUCCGUGCAGAAGUGGUUACGUUGGAAAUCGAACGACAGGAUGUCAUGUUCAGAAAGGUGUCUGCCCAGGUUUGAUAACAGUCUGUGAUGUCAAUGCCUAUUGCAUCGCCAUGUAUGCCAACGAAUUCACAUGCAAGUGUCAUGUUGGUUGGACCGGAAAUGGAUAUUUUUGUGGUCCUGACAGCGACAACGACGGUAUCCCCGAUAGUAGUCUUAAUUGCCACGACCGUCGUUGUUACGCUGACAAUUGUAAGACGGUACCGAACAGUGGCCAGGAGGAUGCCGACGGUGAUGGUAUCGGUAACGCUUGCGACGAUGACGCUGACAAUGACGGCGUAUUGAAUCUCACCGAUAACUGUUGGCUCAUUUAUAAUUCAAACCAGCUCGACAGCGAUAACGACAAAGUCGGUGAUGCCUGUGAUAAUUGCCCGAUGAAUUGGAAUUUUAAUCAGGAGGACAUUGACGACGAUGGCGAAGGUGACGCGUGUGAUAACGAUUUGGAUAACGAUGGUAUACCCAAUAAUCAAGACAACUGUAUCAACUUAAAGAAUUCAAAUCAGCGCGACAUCGAUGCGGACGGCAUCGGCGAUAUCUGCGACAAUUGUCCUAAUAUUAGCAAUGCUGACCAAAAUGAUAUCGACGGCGAUGGCGUUGGGGAUGUUUGCGAUACCAAUUCGGAUCGCGACAGGGAUGGUGUCCAGGAUGACAAGGACAAUUGUCCGGACGUGGCGAAUCCCGGACAGAACGACGGCGAUCAUGACGGCAUGGGCGAUGAAUGCGAUGACGACAUCGACGGAGAUGGUAUACCUAACAAGAGCGAUAACUGUCCUUACGUCUACAAUUUGGAUCAGCGUGAUCUUAAUCCCCACGAUGGCAUUGGCGAUGCAUGCUGGAACGAUAAUGACAACGAUACAGUUAUUAAUAGCCAUGACAACUGUCCAAAUAACAGUUUAGUAUGGACAACGGAUUUCCGUAAAUACUUUACAGUCGCUCUCGAUCCAUACGGUACAGCGCAACAAGAUCCCGUAUGGAGAAUUCAUCAUGAAGGUGCUGAGAUUCAACAGCUUCUUAACAGCGAUCCCGGAAUCGCAAUAGGACCGGACGAGCUAAGUAAUGCUGACUUUGAAGGAACUUUCUACAUCGAUAAUCACGAUGACGACGAUGAUUUUGCGGGCUUCGUCUUUUCCUACCAGGAUAAUCGACAUUUUUACGUUGUUUACUGGAAGAGGAAUGCGCAGGUUUACUGGGAACCAUCCCCAUUCCGCGCUGAAGCGGAGCCUGGGUUUGUAAUGAAGCUCGUUCAGUCCGACACCGGACCGGGUGAGAUGCUCCGAAACAGUCUCUGGCACAAGGAAGACAUCCCCAAUCAGGUGAGGGUCUUGUGGAGAGAACCGGGGAUCAGUUGGCAGCCAAGAGUAUCAUACAGAUGGCAUCUGUUGCACAGACCUAAGAUCGGCCUGAUCAGAUUCUGGCUGUAUCAGGGCACACAGCAGAUAAUCGACUCUGGGAACGUGUUCGACUCGACUCUGCAAGGUGGUAAAUUGGGUGUCUACUGCUUUUCGCAGGAGAUGAUCAUCUGGUCGGAUUUACUAUAUAAGUGCACAGAUACCGUGCCUCAAACUGUAUGGGAUCAGCUACCUGAUAAUUUAAAGAGAGAAGUUGAGGUGGAGAUUUCUAACAAGUAUCAACAACAACAAGUAAUACAACGCAGAAUGAAUUACGAUUUCUAAAACAGACUCUCGAUGAUUUAUUUUAUA